AUGACCGAAAACGUCCUUUCUGUGUGUAAUACUGCACUAAAAUACGUCAAAGUUGUGCAAGAUAUUGCGUCCGUUCCGAUAUUAGGGCAAAUUCUCCUAAUACUCGAGACGAUUUUAACAGUUGUUGAUAAUGCAGAGAUUAAUAAACAAAUAUGUAAGCUCUUCAAAGACAGGAUAAUUAUCGCACAAAAUACUUUGGAAAAAUUUGAAGAAGAGAAGUUGAAACACAAGCUAAAUCCUGCAUUAGAGAACUAUAAAAAGGUUCUCAAAGAUAUUGAGAAAUUUGUUAAAAAACUUACUGAUAAGAAUGGUUUGCGGAAAUACUGGGCAGCAAUUAACACAAAUGGUGCUCAAGAACUUCUUACUCGAUUUGACCAAGCCGUUGCAGACUUUGGCUUGAAUACAGCUGCCGAUAUAUCUAAAGAUGUUUCAAUAAUUGCGGAUGAUAUCAAACAAAUGCAAGAAUGCAUAACCUUGGGUAUUAUCACUCUUGAUAGUAAGUUAGAUAAUACAUUAGAACAGAUAAUGGGGCUGCAGAAGGUGAUCAAAACGGGCAAAGUCGAACAGAGCGUAUUGGAAUCUGUGUGGUUGGAUCCAGUGGAUAUCGAACAAGAUCCGACUAGUUUUGACAACUCUGCUAAAGUAUCGGGAUCAAGGAAGGUAAUUUGGAAGUGCCAGCCAGCUUUUCAGAAGCGCAUAGAUGGGUUCGUCAAUGAUAUAAAGCGAAAAGAAGUAGAGAAAGAUGUGGCCAUUUUAACGCAAUUGCAAGCAUGCAAGAAUAUCAUAACGCUUUAUGGUGUAUUCAAGAUUAACCAAACCCUAUAUUUGCUCAUGGAAAACGCUCAAUAUGGAUCCCUCCAUGAUUAUAUGCAGAAAAAUCACUCAAAAAUGGACUGGUCCCUGCGAUAUUCCAUUGCGCUGGGCAUUGUACAGGGUGUCUGUUUUAUGCACAAAGUUGGACUUUUACAUCAUGAUCUUCGAGCACAGAAUAUUCUUCUCGCAGAGCACUUCAUCCCAAAGAUUACCAAUUUUCAUUAUGCUAGGUCAGUAACAGAAGUUUCGCGGCGUAUACGAAACGAAGACAGGGAAAAACCACGUUGGGCCCCACCAGAAAAACUCUCGGUCCAAGGGUUUAGCUUCAACCAGCCCGCCGAUGUCUAUAAUGUUGGCUAUCUUCUUUGGGAGAUAGCAUCUGGCAAGAUUCCUUUCGCAGAUGACAACAACAUACGGAGCGUAAUGGAAAAAUUAAUGAAAGGACUGCGCGACCCAAUUCCUAAAGACACGCCAGAAAAAUAUGCAGAAGUUAUUAAUAAGGCCUGGGAUCAGAAUCCAAGUUCACGUCCGACUAUAACUGAAAUUUACGUGCAGUUAGAAGCGGCGUAUAGAGAAUUCAAAAAUAAAGCCGCUGAUAUUGAUAAAAUUUCCGGCCUAGUUAAUCAAGACGGGUUGCUCAAUCUCGAGGAUAAUACCGGACUAAGCAUUGAAGACGCUCUCAAAGCUCAUUCCAGUGCAAGCUAUGACGUAGCAUAUAAAAUCUUUCAAGAAAUUGACAUCCCUAAAGUACACUAUUAUUGCGGCCUAUGCAAUUUGAAAGCAGCGGCCGAACACUUUCGAAAAGCCGCUGAUGGUGGCAAUUCUGACGGUCAGUUACGUUACGGAGCAGCUCUUAUGAAAGGAGAUGGUCUACAAAGAGAUGUCGAACUAGGAUUUGAUUAUCUCUGCAAAGCUGCCGAAAAUGGGAAUUCGGCGGCGCAAUUCAACGUUGGAGAAGUUUACUGGUCAGGAAGAAUUAACGAAAUUGGUAUUGAUCGGGAUGCAGGAAAACGAUAUCUGAUAAUGGCUGCCAAGGCCGGUCAUUCUCAUGCGAAAAAGUUAUGCAAUGAGAACGAUAUUGAUUGGGAGUAG